UCUCCUCCAAGCAAAUCAUGACUCCCCCUCCUCCGCCCCCUCCUCCCCUCCUCCGCCCCCCUCCUCCUCUCUCCACCCCCAGCAACACCAUCAAUAAAGACUUACCCCUGUUAAUACUAUUAGUAUCACCCCCCAAAAAAAAUUACUCUCUCUCUGCUCUGUCUCUAGUAUCAUCGAGUACUGACCAUCCAACUUUUAUUUCCCCACACAACACAAAGCCCAGCCCCCUCUCUCUAUAUAUCUGUUUUCCAUCACACCGACCUCACCCCACCUCAACUCUAGGGUUUCUUUUCUUUUCUUUUUCUUUCUCUUCUUUAAUUUUUUUUUUCACUUUCUUCCCUUUUAUUGUGAUUGUGAUUGUGAUUCUUUCUUUUCUUUCCCUAUUCAACCCAAUCAGUCCGCUUUCCGAUCUUUUGUCUAAAACAACACUCCUGUUUCUCGAUCCCUUUACAAUUCCAUGGAUUCCCAGUAUAUUUCGUCCACUUCUAGGGUUUUUCUAGGGUUUCUCUCUUGAAGCAUGCCACUUCUUACUACCCUCUACUUUCCUUUUUAUGCUUCGAAUCUUCCAAAAAUCUUGUUGAAUUUUAAGUAGCUUUCUCUUUCCCUUUUGUUUUUCAUUAUUUUAAUUGGAUCGAAUUUGUUAAUAUGGCCUAUCAAGCGAUUCCGGGACCUAGCUCGGGAUCGAGUUCAAGCUCAGGGUUUCAAUACAUGAAUUCUCCAUUUGGGGAUACUACUUAUACUAAGGUCUUUGUUGGGGGGCUUGCUUGGGAGACUCAGAGCGAGACCAUGCGUCGUUAUUUCGAGCAGUUUGGUGAUAUUCUUGAGGCUGUUGUCAUCACUGAUAAGAACACUGGCCGAUCAAAAGGCUAUGGUUUUGUGACUUUCCGAGAACCAGACGCAGCUAGGAGAGCCUGUGCUGAUCCUACUCCGAUUAUCGAUGGUAGACGGGCUAAUUGUAAUUUGGCUUCACUUGGGAGACCUCGGCCACCUCUGCCUUAUGGACGUCCGAGACCAGCUGCCCCGUACAUUACAAGUGUGCAAACCCCCAGAGGGACUUAUGUUGGAAGUUUUGGCUACCAACAACCAGUUUCUUAUGGCUACCAACAAGGCUUGAUGUAUAAUCCAUAUGGCUAUGCGGCAUAUGGACCUGAAUACGUUUAUCAACAGGGUGCUUACAACCCUUAUGCUACUGGCCAUCAGUACCUUCAGAUAUAUGGAGUUCCUGGAACAGUUAACUCAGGCAUGUAUCCUUAUGGGCAGUUGAGUCAAAAUGUUCCUGGAGGUCAUGGUUAUACAUCAAUGCCAGGAUAUGCUGUGCCAGGUCAUCAGAUUGUGCAGUUUGGUGGACCAAGUGUCAAUGCAAUAACAACUUCGUCUAUGCCAACAAUUCAAGCACCAUAUCAUACAGGUAUAGCUGCAGCUGUUCCAGCACAAUCACAGUUUAUUGUUCCUGCUCCUUCUCCUCAGUAUAUGCAAGGUAGCGGUUCUGACCAAACCACUGGGUGAGGGGCUGAUCAAGGUAUCCUUAAGACUGCAGCAGGACUAAGAGCAGCGGAACUGCUACUUGAGUAGCGGGCUUCGAAUCUAGCCUUGCAAACUAUUUAUUUUGCAUUCUAGAGGUCAUAGAUGGUCAUGCUCACCAGAGAAGUCGACAGUUGUCUGAGUCGCUCCGAAUGGGUGGAGAAGGGAUGUGGAUAAUUCUUCCUUUACCCUAGUGUGUUAAAAACUGUGCAUGCUGCCAGAGCUCAGGAUGAGUAACAAGCAGCAAUGCAUUUUAUGGAUGCUGGAAUUGGUUUCUGGCAACCAAAUUAUAGGAAUAAUAAAAGUGUAAAAAGAAACCAACACGUUAGAAUCAACAUAUGAUUCUUUUAUAGUCUAGUGGUCCCAGCAUUUGGGUGUAUAGGUAGUCUCUCUGGUGUCUGUGGUGGUCUCCUGCGUUGUAUUUAACAAUCAUUGGAGCUUUGUGCAUAUUAGUACUAGGGGUUCUCUUCUUUGUUA